AACCCCCUCUCCUCCCCAUCCCCACCAAAAAAAAAAAAAAAACAAAACAAAAAAACAAAAAAAAAAUGACGGCGAAGAAGCACCGCGCGAAGUGCUCGUCGGAAACGCGGAAGCCCCACUUCUUCAAAGUGCUUCUCGGCGACUUCGCGCAGCGCCUGAAGAUCCCGCCGAACUUCCUCAAACAUAUCUCAACUGAGGCGUCGAGGACGACGAAUAAUUCGAAAGAAGCAUCCAAAACAGCCAUCCUCGAGGGUCCCAGCGGAAGCAAAUGGCACGUCGAGCUAGGCAAGACUGCAAAGGGCACGUUCCUGACUAACGGAUGGCCCAAGUUUGUGAAGGACCAUUCGAUGAAGGAGUACGAGUUCCUAGUCUUUCGGUACGACGGAAGCAUGCAUUUCACUGUUAUAGUGUUCGAUAAAACCGCUUGCGAGAGAGAAGAUCUGUUCAGUGUCCGAGCCGGUAGACCUCAGAAGCUUUCGUCUGAUAUUCACUACUCCGUCGUCAAGAACGAAGCAAGCGAAAGCGAGUUGACAGAGCUUCCUUCUAGCGAAAAUCGUACGCUUAAUCGGCUACAAGUUGUCUGUUCUGAUUCAGUUCAGACUAAAGCUAGAGAAGGUGAUGAGCUCCCAAUUUGUGCUAUCCCCACUCCUCCUAAACGCUGCCAGUAUAUGUCCAGAAGACGGCCUGUGGCAGAUGAAGAAAGAUUGAAAGCACAGGAAGCUGCCGCCUCUUUUAAGUCGACAUUUCCUUAUUUCAUCAUCAGAAUGUGUCCAAUGCAUGUUUACUGGUCAUAUAUGCUGAGGUUCCCGGUUCGUUUCUCUCGAGAACAUCUCCCACGCAACAGGGUCGACAUGGUUCUCCGAGACCCGAGCGGCGCUGCGUGGAAGGUGGUGUACAUUCCAAGCACAAGGGACCGCCUUUCUGGAGGGUGGGGUGCUUUUGCUCGCGGUAACUGCCUCGAGGAAGGAGACUACUGUGCUUUCGAGCUCAUCGAGCCGCUCGAAUUUCGCGUCCACGUUUUUCGGGUUGUUGAGGAGACACAACCUCCUUUGAGGCUGUCGAAGAAUCUAGGGGGAUUAGAUGUGUAGGCUCCUCUUGAGCUUUUUAUGACUAUCUUGGUUGAAUGGUCACCAGUGCAGUUAACAAAAAGUUUAUUGAAUAUGCUUUCUUUCAAGUGAUGUAUAUUCUUUCAAA